AUGACUCCGCGGUAUCCCCAGCGGCUCGACAGCGGUCUACUCCUGCUCCAAUCAUCGGACCAAGACUCGACGGUCACCCCGGCGGCUCGAUAUCGGUCUACUCGACUCCUGCGCUACUCAUCUGCCCACGACCCAGCAGUCAUCCCGGCGGCUUACGACAGUGCACCAAUAGACGCAUGGAUUGAUGAACUUGUUCCAUAUAGUGAGACUGUUUUAGCCACACCCAAUGAUUCAGACAAGUCCUAUGAAGAGUUACUUCUGAAGUGCAUGUUCGAGAAGGAUGCUCCGCGAGCCUCCAUAUCGCCAUACAACGGGUCUGCACUAGACUGGCCAGGGUUUGCUGAACUAUUUUAUGAAGAAGUGCACAAGCAACCCUAUUUUAAGGAUACCCGGCGCAUGUGGUUACUACAGAGCAGUGUAACUGGUCAAGCAAAACAACAUAUCGCGGGAUAUGGAAUCGAUGGUGCAGCAUAUGCCAUAGCCUUGAAAGCUCUGAAACACAGAUUCGGACAUAGAUCGCUGGUGGCCCGAGCAUUUUUGGAACGAGUGACAGAUGGCCCAACAAUCAAGGACCGGGACCGGGUACAACUUGAAUCGUUUUAUAAAGAUGUUUAUGAGACGGUUCAACCCAGAAGUCGUAAAGCGUCCUCCUUUCACACUACUCGGCCUGUUCCUGAGGAGAGAAAACCUGUUGACCAUCCAUUCUCCAAGACGCAAUCUUUGAGACCCUCUUCGCAGUUCACCUGUGUUGUUUGUGGAUGUCUCCAUGCACUUUACAAGUGUGAACUUUAUCUAGCAAUGACAAUAAAGAAACGGUUUGAAUGCGUCAAUUCCCAUCGACUUUGCAGGAAUUGUCUACGGCCAGGACACAUUGCAUCUGAUUGUACCUCCCCUGGGCACUGCAGAGCUGAUAAUUGCAACAAGAGACAUCACACAACUCUCCAUGACGUCCCACAGGAAGUUUACCACCCUCGGUCCACGUGUGUAUCUUCCAGUGCAGUGCAGGCAGAAGUACAGGCCCCGUCAGCAACUGAAAAAGCUCAACCCAAGAGAUCCUUUGCUACGCAAAAUCCUAAUUCUGAAGUUUAUCUGCAAGUUGUUCCUGUGAUCGUGACGUCACCCACCGGUGAGAAGAUCAACACUAGUGCUUUACUAGACUGUGGAAGUCAACUAACUAUGAUACGCCGUGAUUUAGCCAGUCAGCUCAACUUGUCUGGUCCAAUGGAGAUCCUACAGAUGGGAACAGUAACUCGAGCUGAAGAUUGCCAACGAGCACAGCUAGUCAGUUUCACUAUUUGCUCAGCCAUUGAAGACGAUGAUGCCUCUUUCCCAGUCCAGCAGGCAUGGGUGGUAGACAAGUUGAACAUACCCCCACAACGCUCCGUCAAGGUCAACAAUUUGCCACACCUCAGAGAUCUGAAAGAUGUUUUACCAGACUGCCCUGAUAUUGGCUUGUUAAUAGGUGGUGAUGUACCUGACAUCAUGGUCCAGACAGACAUCAGACGUGGUCCUCCGGGAACUCCCAUAGCUAUAAAGACUGGUCUUGGUUGGUCAUUUCUUGGAAGAUUGGCAGACCCGACUACGAAACAGCACCGUCUUCACGUCCUCCACGCUGACAGAGGGGAUGCUGAUCAACUUGAGAAAAUUUUCACGACAGAAUCAUUUGGUUGCAAGUUUGAAGACAAUGCAGCAACUUCCGUAGAUGACAGACAUGCCCAGAGCCAGUUUGACCAGAAAACCAGCUAUAAAUCUGGACGUUACUCGGUUCUAAUGCUGUGGAAAACGAAGAUACAGUUUUACCCUCAAACUACGUAA